UCAAUUUUAAAACAAAAUUGAUAUUACACUUCCUGUGUAGGAUAAUCAUGGCUAACUUGUCUGCAACUGUAUUGAAUUUCAUAAUAACAAGGAUUCAGUUUUGGAAAAGUUAGAUCUGUCUCGUCUCUAAAGCCAGAGUUAUAUUAGUUAUGGCAUCAUCUGGUAGCCGUGAAGAAAAGUUCUUGGAAACCUUUUUUCCAUUGAUAAGUCAGUUUGCUUUUGAUAAAGCCAAAGACUUAACAGAAAAGGAAAAAGAGACAGUUAAACCUGCUGGUGCAGUAUUUGGAUCAUCUUCUAGUGUUUUUGGAUCAUCAUCUAGUUUGUUUGGAUCAACAUGGGGACUUUUGGUCCACUGUCUUGCACAGUUUGUCACAGCAGAGAAGGCAUAUAUGUCACUUAGUUUUCUGGAACAGAAAGGAUUUUUUCACAGGUCUAAAGAUCUGAAAUCAUUAUACCAAAAUUUGAUUACUGAAAUAAAGAAAGUUGAAGACAGUUCUGACCAGUCAAGACAAGGAGAAUUUGAACAGUUGCUGGCUCAUUUGUCAGGACAUCUUUGUCAUUAUCUUACAGCUAAACUCAAAACAAUGGAGUUCUAUGAACAAAUCAGUGCAAUGGGCACCAUGAAAGUAAUCAAUUAUUCUGACUUGGUGAUUGUAAUAACAGAUAUAGUACAAAGUUGUAGUAAAAGUUUUCAUCAUCCUUUGCUGAGCCCCCUGAAGGCAACUUUUGGAUUGGAAUGUGAUGCUAUACUCCAUUUGCUACAAGCACAAAUAUUGAUGUCUGAUUGGAAAUUUUUAGCAUCUUUGAUGCAAUUAUAUGAGGCACAUACAAAACUGACUACAUGGGGAGCCACAGCACAACUUAAAGAGACAAAGAAAUCUACGUUUGGAAGUAGCAGUAAACAUUCUGGAUGGCCUGCAUUGUAUUUAUGGUUAACAAAGUACAAAGGUUUUCUGUUGUCUAAGUUCAGCUUGUAUUUCUAUGAUGUGCUACAGAAACAUACAACUAAUAAUGAAAUGAAAGGAUUAAUAACUAAGGCAACAGAAGACUUUGUGGCUAGGUUGAUGACUUUUCAAAGAAGAAGUGAUGCUCAUUAUGUUUCAUUAGUGCUUGAUGUUCAAAGUCUUGGAAGUUCUUACAUUGGUCCAGGUUAUAAUCACCCUGAAAAACACCACACAACACCUCAGGGAUUAGACAGCUUUCCAUCUAUAUUCUCAUAUCCUCAUUCCGAACGACCAGCUCAACAUUGGCCAAAUGUGGUUUCACUGAUUACUAAUCGCCCUCAAGACAGUAAAAUGAUUUGUGUACAUGACAAGAAAGCACAAAGUACUUAUUUUCUGUCACAAGUAGACACAAAAGUGACUCUGGUAGUAAUAUUUGAAAGCAAAAAGUCGGAAAAAGAUUCGUAUGUGAACAAUUUUAUGGUGGAGUUUAGUUUGAGUUUGAAAGGAACUAAAUUGUUUAAUCAUUUCAAACCAGGAAUCAAAGGAUAGGAACAUGGAGCCAAAAGGAUAUAAAUGUGUACACGAAUCGACAUGAAUGUCAACACCAAUCAACAUGAAUGUUUACACGAUUGUGUUAUCUUUUUUGUUAUUAAAGAUUAUAAUUUUCUCA